CGUCCUUCCCCGCGCACCGGCCAACGCAGCCCCCGCUGCCCUUGCCCCCCUGCUCCGCCCUCCGGCCGGAGGGACCCCCGGCCCCGCUGGGUGCCGGGCUGGACAUCGCUGCCCACGUGUUGCCCGGCGCUUCCCCGCCCAUGGAGUCUGAGAUGCUGCAGUCGCCUCUCCUGGGGCUCGGGGAGGAGGAUGAGUCCGACCUGACGGACUGGAACUUGCCCCUGGCCUUUAUGAAGAAAAGGCACUGCGAGAAGAUCGAAGGCUCCAAGUCUUUGGCUCAGAGCUGGAGGAUGAAGGACCGGAUGAAGACUGUGAGUGUUGCCUUAGUUCUGUGCCUCAACGUCGGCGUGGACCCCCCAGACGUGGUGAAAACAACUCCCUGUGCCCGCCUGGAGUGCUGGAUUGAUCCUCUGUCCAUGGGGCCUCAGAAAGCUCUGGAGACCAUCGGGGCCAACCUGCAGAAGCAGUAUGAGAACUGGCAGCCCAGGGCCAGGUACAAGCAGAGCCUGGACCCCACAGUGGACGAGGUGAAGAAGCUGUGCACGUCUCUGCGCCGCAACGCCAAGGAGGAGCGCGUGCUGUUCCACUACAACGGGCACGGCGUGCCCCGGCCCACGGUCAACGGAGAGAUCUGGGUCUUCAACAAGAACUACACCCAGUACAUCCCCCUGUCCAUCUACGACCUGCAGACCUGGAUGGGGAGCCCGUCCAUCUUCGUCUACGACUGCUCCAACGCCGGCCUCAUCGUCAAGUCCUUCAAGCAGUUUGCACUACAGAGGGAGCAGGAGCUGGAGGUGGCUGCCAUCAACCCCAACCACCCCCUUGCCCAGAUGCCUCUGCCCCCCUCCAUGAAGAACUGCAUCCAGCUGGCAGCCUGUGAGGCCAACGAGCUGCUGCCCAUGAUCCCAGACCUGCCUGCAGACCUGUUCACCUCCUGCCUCACCACCCCCAUCAAGAUCGCUCUGCGCUGGUUCUGCAUGCAGAAGAGCGUCAGGCUGGUGCCAGGAGUCACGCUGGAUUUAAUAGAGAAGAUUCCUGGGAGGCUGAAUGACAGGAGAACUCCCCUGGGAGAGCUGAACUGGAUCUUCACAGCCAUCACUGACACCAUUGCCUGGAACGUGCUGCCCAGAGAUCUCUUCCAGAAGCUCUUCAGGCAGGACCUGCUGGUGGCCAGUUUGUUCCGGAACUUUCUGCUGGCAGAGAGGAUCAUGAGGUCCUACAACUGCACCCCCGUCAGCAGCCCCCGGCUGCCACCCACCUACAUGCACGCCAUGUGGCAAGCCUGGGACCUUGCUGUUGACAUUUGCCUUUCCCAGCUUCCCACCAUCAUCGAGGAGGGAACUGCCUUCAGGCACAGCCCCUUCUUCGCCGAGCAGCUCACGGCCUUCCAGGUGUGGCUGACCAUGGGAGUGGAGAACAGGAACCCCCCAGAGCAGCUGCCCAUCGUGCUGCAGGUGCUGCUGAGCCAGGUGCACCGGCUGCGAGCUCUGGAUCUGCUGGGGAGGUUCCUGGACCUGGGGCCCUGGGCUGUGAGCCUGGCCCUCUCUGUUGGCAUUUUCCCCUAUGUGCUGAAGCUCCUGCAGAGCUCAGCCCGUGAGCUCAGACCUCUCCUUGUGUUCAUCUGGGCCAAGAUCCUGGCAGUGGACAGUUCGUGCCAGGCUGACCUGGUGAAGGACAAUGGACACAAAUAUUUCCUCUCAGUCCUGGCAGAUCCUUACAUGCCAGCUGAGCACAGGACCAUGACAGCCUUCAUCCUGGCUGUGAUUGUCAACAACUACAACACUGGGCAGGAAGCCUGCCUGCAGGGGAACCUGAUCGCGAUCUGCCUGGAGCAGCUGAACGAUCCCCACCCGCUCCUCAGGCAGUGGGUGGCCAUUUGUCUGGGCAGGAUCUGGCAGAACUUCGACUCAGCCAGGUGGUGUGGAGUGAGAGACAGCGCCCAUGAGAAGCUCUACAGCCUCCUCUCAGAUCCCAUCCCUGAGGUUCGCUGUGCUGCUGUCUUUGCCCUGGGCACCUUCGUGGGGAACUCGGCUGAGCGCACGGACCACUCGACCACCAUCGACCACAACGUGGCCAUGAUGCUGGCACAGCUCAUCAACGACGGCAGCCCCAUGGUCCGCAAGGAGCUGGUGGUGGCCCUGAGUCACCUGGUGGUUCAGUACGAGAGCAACUUCUGCACCGUGGCCUUGCAGUUCAUAGAAGAGGAGAAGAAUUAUCCUCUCCCUUCUCCAGCUGCUCCAGCCCUCAGUGCCCCGUGUUGCCUCGCAGAGGGCAGCCUGACCCCGGUGCGGGACGCGCCCUGCACGCCGCGCCUGCGCUCCGUCAGCUCCUACGGCAACAUCCGCGCCGUCACCACCGCCAGGAACCUCAACAAGUCCCUGCAGAACCUCAGCCUCAACGAGGAGUCUGGCAGCUCCGUGGCGUUCUCCCCUGGGAACCUGAGCACCAGCAGCAGUGCCAGCAGCACUCUGGGCAGCCCUGAGAACGAGGAGUACAUCCUGUCCUUCGAGACCAUCGACAAGAUGAGAAGAGUCAGCUCCUACUCCUCGCUCAACUCCCUGAUAGGUGUGAGUUUCAACAGUGUUUAUACCCAAAUCUGGAGGGUGCUCCUUCACCUGGCUGCCGACCCCUAUCCCGACGUGUCCGACCUGGCCAUGAAGGUUCUCAACAGCAUUGCCUACAAGAUAAUGCAAGUGGGACUGGCCUGCAGACUGAAGCCACAACGGCUCUCCAACCCAGGUGAACUAGUACAUGCCACGGUGAACGCUCGGCCCCAGCGCAUCCUGGACACCUCCUCGCUGACCCAGUCGGCGCCUGCCAGCCCCACCAACAAGGGCAUGCACAUCCACCAAGUGGGGGGGUCACCUCCCACCACCAGCACCAGCAGCUCCAGCCUGACCAACGAGGUGCCCAAGCAGCCGGUGAGCCGGGAGCUGGCCGCGCGCCCCAGCGUCAGCGCCGUGGCUGUGCAGUACACCCCCCACUCCCACCAGUUCCCCAGGACCAGGAAAAUGUUUGACAAGGGCCCAGAGCAGACAGCCGAUGAUGCCGACGAUGCCGUGGGACACAAGAGCUUCAUCUCGGCCGCGGUGCAGACGGGAUUCUGCGACUGGAGCGCCAAGUACUUCGCCCAGCCCGUCAUGAAGAUCCCCGAGGAGCACGACCUGGAGAGCCAGAUCCGCAAGGAGCGCGAGUGGCGCUUCCUGCGCAACGCCCGCGUCAGGAAACAGGCGCAGAAAAUCAUCCAGAGGGGCAUCUCCCGGCUGGACGAUCAGAUCUUCCUCAACAGGAACCCAGGAGUGCCCUCCGUGGUGAAAUUCCACCCCUUCACCCCCUGCAUCGCCGUGGCUGACAAGGACAGCAUCUGUUUCUGGGACUGGGAGAAGGGGGAGAAGUUGGAUUAUUUCCACAACGGGAACCCGCGGUACACGCGGAUCACGGCCAUGGAGUACCUGAACGGGCAGGACUGCUCCCUGCUGCUCACUGCCACAGACGAUGGUGCCAUCAGAGUGUGGAAGAACUUUGCAGACCUGGAGAAGAACCCAGAGAUGGUGACAGCCUGGCAGGGGCUGUCAGACAUGCUGCCAACCACUCGAGGUCUGGCCCGCAGGGUGUCCAUCUACCUGGACAGGAGCAAGCAGGGAGGAGCAGGGAUGGUGGUGGACUGGGAACAAGAGACCGGGCUCCUGAUGACCUCGGGAGACGUGAGGAUAAUCCGGAUCUGGGACACGGACCGGGAGAUGAAAGUGCAGGACAUUCCCACGGGAGCUGACAGCUGUGUCACCAGCCUGUCGUGUGACUCGCACCGCUCGCUGAUCGUGGCGGGGCUGGGGGACGGCUCCAUCCGCGUCUUCGACAGGAGGAUGGCCCUCAGUGAAUGCCGGGUGAUGACGUACCGGGAGCACACGGCCUGGGUGGUGAAGGCUUACCUGCAGAAACACCCCGAGGGCAACAUCAUGAGCGUCAGUGUCAAUGGUGACGUUCGCUUCUUCGACCCCCGCAUGCCCGAGUCCAUGAAGGUGCUGCAGAUUGUCAAGGGGCUCACAGCCCUGGACAUCCACCCCCAGGCCAACCUGUUUGCAUGUGGCUCCAUGAACCAGUUCACUGCCAUCUACAACGGCAACGGGGAGCUGAUCAACAACAUCAAAUACUACGAUGGCUUCAUGGGGCAGAGAGUGGGAGCCAUCAGCUGCCUGGCCUUCCAUCCUCACUGGCCCCACCUGGCCGUGGGCAGCAAUGAUUUCUACAUCUCGGUGUACUCGGUGGAGAAGAGGAUCAGAUGACGGCGCGGCCGGAGCGGCUCCGGGCGGGGCUCCUGUACAUAGAGAAAUCAUCGACUUGAAUGUUUCGUGUUGGCUGCUGCUGCACCCCAUAACUUGAACAUUUGUUCUUCUGACUUAGCUACUGAUGGGUUUGACGAGGGGAAGAGACAAUCUCCUGGUUUUUGUUUCGUUUUGUUUUCCAGCUAUAUCCUCUAAAAGCUACAGAAAAGGAACGUUUAUUUUUGUUUCCAGUGGUUGGCUUCUCUGUCAGAAACACGGCUCCUGAGCUUGGAAGGACUUGGAUGAGGCAACGCCCUUGAGAAGGGUCUUGUUUUAGUCUUUGCUCCUUGUUUUUGCUGGAGUGUGGGUUCUUCGAGGACUGUGAGGACUCACCUGCAGCUCCACGGGACCCUCCAGCUGCUGCCAGCCCUGUGCCAAACCCUCCCUGGGCCAGGGCAGCGCGGGAUGUGCCUGCCAGGGAGGCAGGGCAGCGUCUCCUUGCAUGAACCUCCCCCUCCUCCCUGCCCAGCCUCUCCACUGCAGGCAAGGACAGCCCAGGUGGGCACCUGGGGGCAGGAAGGGGCUCAGGGACGUGACAAGAGCAGGGCAGGAUGUCCCACACCACAAAGGAUGACGAGGGAAGAAAGGGAAUGAAGAUCUCCAACAUCCCAGCGAGCCUGGAGCGAGUCACUGCUGUCACCACGUCCCAGCCCAGCCCUGGUGGGGAGCUGGGGGCACCUCAGGCCCUGUCCCUCCUGCUGCCACUGUCCCUGUGCCACAGGGAGCUCUGGCCCAGCCUGGGGGGCCCGUCCUGGGCUCUCUGUGCUCCCCAUGGCUGCUGUGCACCGAGCUGAGCUCAGGGUUUGGAGCUGCACCCCAGGGCUGUGGCUCUCCUGCCCCUUUGGAACAGGCAUGGAAGCACCUGGGCAUGGAGAAUCACUGAGGAGGAGGAGGAGGAGGAGGAGGAAGGCAGCCAGUCACUGCCCUGAGCCAAGCACCCUCGUCCCAGCUGCUGCACAUUCCCACCCUGCACGUGUGAAUAAUGAAUGUUUUGUCCCUUGGGAUCUGUCCUGGGGCUGGAGCUGGGUGUGGAAAGCACAGCUGAAGUUUGGUUUCCUUUCCAGAGGUGCAGAAUUCCCAGUGGGAUCCCAGGGGAUGUGCAGGCUCCCAGCAGAGUGCAGCUGAGCUGUGCUGCAGGAAUGCAGCAAGGGAAGGGCUCAGGACCCCCUGUCCCUGUGGCUGCACCUCUGAGUGCCCACCCUGCUGCUGCUGCCAGGGGCUGUGGCUUGGGAGAGGUCCCCAACCCCUGUCAGGUGUCCCCAAGCCCCGUCCCCUGUCAGGGAGGCCGAGGGCCACACCCCAGGAUAAUUAAUCAAAGGCUUUAAACUUCAAAACUACCUAAAAACCCCUUCUAAGUCCCCCCAGUGAAUUAUGGUCUAACAGAGCUGUGCCUCUUCCCGACCCCCUCCCGGGCUGUCCAUGGGAGUGGAGCCAGAGUUUGGGACCUCACCUAACCCGUUAACAUUCACAGCUUCAAAACCAAGAGAUUUUUAACUCGUAUCAGUGUGUUUGUGAAAGGAACAGGACAUUCCUGGCGUGCUGGGAGCCCCUGCUCCGGUGCAGCCCCACACCCAGGACGGGGGAUUUUAAGGAAUUGGGGCUGUUGGGAUUUUACCCAAGUGUGUGUGGGCUGUGCUUCCACAGGUCUGAUGCAGAGAUUCAAUCAUGGGAUCACAGAGUUUAACCAAGGAUCUGGAGAGUGUCCUACCUUAAAAGUUCACUUAUCUCUAUUUAUUUUACAAAAAUAAAGUUUAAAAAAAAUAUAUAAAACCCCCCCCACACGAUUGUAAUGUGAGAGUAAAAUGAUUACAGACAAAUAAAUGGUUAAUAAAAAAUAAAUGCAGAAACAC